CGAUUGGGCACCGGGUGAGCAAUUCCACGUUUUUAUUGGCUAUCAGGGAUUUUUUUGUUCCAGUUAGGCGGAUAGGUAACAGUUGUAAACGCAGCGCGUGUUGGAAGAAUAAGCGUAGGGUGGAAAACAAAUGCGCAUCUUUUCAGCACCGACUCCGUGGAUAGCAAGGACUUAAUUAGGAGCGGGAUCGAAAGCGGGUGGAUCGGCCGUUUCAGCUUCGCGGAGCACAAUCUGUAUUUUAUCUUUUUUUCUUCCCCACAGGCAGAGGGGUUUGCUGUGUGCACAGGAAGAUAGCGUUGAUUUGGUGAUAGGCGGAUUUAAAGCGCGUUGUGCUAGCUAGCUAUACUUGUUCGCCCUUAACGGGGCUGCAAGCCACUUCUAUCGAGCUAUCGAUAGAUAGCUAGCUACCUAGCUAGCUAAUAUCUAAAGAAAGCGCUUGGAUCAAUCUGAUUGAUCUGAUUGAUGAAUCUAAGGAACGACGUUAAAGCGGCCAGCAUCCAUUAAGACCCCGGUCUGGCGUUAUUCUGACAGGAUUGAUUCGCUUUAGUAGGAUCCUGGAUCGGGAGGGCCGGGAAUAACACAUCGUAAAUCGAACGAGAACUGCAGGAAUUCACGAUUUCCUCGGUUUUCCUUCGUCGCGACGCUUCAAGCUGCUGCACUUGGAUCGGGUUGCUGUAGCUUGUAGGCUCGUCUACUGCCCCCUUUGCGCUUGUGUUAUUCCCGUAAUUCUACCGACCCCGGAUCCCGCGCUCUCGCAUAUGCCGUUUGCCCCCUGCUUCCAGCCCAUCUCUCAUCCCUAGCGACUCGUUGCCUCCGUUUUGAUAGAAGUUCGGUUUCAGUGUAGCUAGCCAUGUGCUCCCGGGUGUGGUUUGUUACUGACCGGCGGAUCAGCCAAGAGUACCCGCAGGUUCAGAUCCUCAGGGCUCUGAAGCAGCGCUGCGCUGAGGAGGAUGUCGAGUUCCGCUCAUUGCUUAUGGAUCAGAUCGUGCUCACCAUCUCCGAUGGACAACUGGGGCUGCGUGUCGAGCAGGAGCCGGUGACAUCCUACCCGCAGGUGGCCGUGGUGAGGGUCCCCACGCCCUGGGUGCAGUCAGACAGCGACAUCACCGUGCUGCGGCACCUGGAGAAGCUGGGCUGCCGGCUGGUGAACCGACCACAAGCGAUCCUCAACUGCGUCAACAAGUUCUGGACCUUCCAGGAGCUGGCUGGCCACGGAGUGCCCCUGCCAGACACCUUCUCGUAUGGAGGACAUGAAAACUUUCGCAAGAUGAUCGACGAGGCAGAACCCCUGGGGUAUCCUGUCGUUGUGAAGAAUGCACGUGGCCACAGAGGGAAGGCUGUGUUCCUGGCCCGGGACAAGCAUCACCUGACGGACCUCAGCCACCUGAUCCGGCAUGACGCGCCCUACCUCUUCCAGGAGUAUGUCAAGGAGUCCCACGGCAAGGAUGUGCGGGUGGUGCUGGUGGGGGGGCGCGUCAUCGGCUCCAUGUUGCGCUGCUCCACUGACGGCCGCAUGCAGAGCAACUGCUCCCUGGGCGGCGUAGGUAUGAUGUGCCCGUUGAGCGAGCAGGGGAAGCAGCUUGCAGUGCAGGUGUCCAACAUCCUGGGCAUGGACGUGUGCGGCAUCGACCUGCUGCAGCUCAACGACGGCUCCUUCGUGGUGUGCGAGGCCAACGCCAACGUGGGCUUCAUCGCCUUCGACCAAGCGUGCGGCAUGGACGUGGCGGGCAUAGUGGCCGACUACGCCCUCUCGCUGCUGCCCAGUCGCCUUACCCGCAAGAUGUCACUGCUGUCGGUGGUGUCCAGUGCCAGUGAGACGAGCAGUGAGCCAGAGGCGUGCCCCCCGCCCAACGCUCUGCCUGAGGCGGUGUGCACCAUGAGCGUGGGCUCCACCUCCAGCGAGAGCGACCCGGAGCUGGCGGAGAGCCGCGACGGCCCCGCCCCGGCCCUGCCCGACACCACCUACAACAUGAACACCCUCCUUGCCAACGAGAUCAAACUGUUGACUGAGUGAGCUGGGUCCAGCAGCAAGUGACAUACAGUGCACGUGUAUACACACACUCACACAUAUACAUACAUGUUUACAUGCAUACUCGUUUACACACACGCAUCUAAGUGUCAUGCGCAGACAUGGACUGACACACGCAGCCCCAGCAAAACGUGGGUGAGAAACUCGAACACACAAACACACACACGCAUGCUGUACACAAGCACGCAUGUGCAUUCUGUCUGACAUAUCUACCCCCCCAAAUCCCCACCCACAACUAGAUCUGAGGCUGCUCCCCUGACAACCCCCCCCCCCAAUCCCUGGUAAAAUGGCCCCCAUGGACUUUGUAUAGACUAGUUUUCCUGACUGGCAUUUAAAUUCAGUGGCUUGUGAAGGUGAUCUCUGAGGUCUGGGAUGGUUUCAGGACGGGAGGCGGAAUGAGCCCGAUCUGUGCCAAACACGCCCGGAAUGGGAAGCGUGGUUCAGUUGGAGUGGGAAUGCAGUGCUUUCUGAUGGCCUUUCCCUGUGCCUGAAUGGGUGGGAGCAGUGGCAUGACCCCCCCCCCCCCGCAGAAGGCUGGCUCCGCUCCCCUGUGCCGCACGUGGCCUCCAGUGAGAGGAGGGGGGACUCAUAAAGAGUGCCCCCUAUAGGACUCCUGAAAGUCCCAGCUAAUGAUACAUCCACAUCCAGAUAGUGGCAGGAUGACAGGAAGGGAUGAUCCCUGCCUCAUUCCGCCUCCCUUUUAUCUUUCUUCUUUUAGCAGACAGCUUGAGUAGAAAUUGCUCGAAAUGGCUUAAAUCCAGCAAGAUGACACACUUAAAGUAACUUUGAAAGGAAACAGUUCCCAGCGCUCUUUAGCCGUCAGUCAUCGGAAACUGCUCAUGAUCAUUUUAUUGCAAGCACUUUAAGGUAAAUGAUUUGCAAGAACUUUUAGCAAAACAUAACUGUCAGAUAGGGAUGUAGAGACCAGCCAUGAUAUGUGCAUAUGAAAUUUUACUAAACCAGUUCUUAUGGUCAUAUACCUCAGUUAAAUUUUCACUGCCUUACUGAUUCACCAGGAAAUACAUUUAAAGGACUGAAAUGUUCUUGAUCACACAAGCCUGAGCUGCUGCUGCCUCAUUGAGGCAUGGGGGUGGAUGCUGUUAUCAUGCAAAUUAUCUUCAUGUUACUGAGCAGUGUUCAAAGCUGCUUGAAUUGAUGGCCAGCAUUCUCUAAUUUUAGCCAUUGGCUAAGACAGAAAUCCUCACUGCACAAAAAAACUUAAGUGUCAACUAUGGGUUUUUUAUUGAUUUGUCCCAUGUGAUUAUCUGGCCAAGUAUAAAUCUGAUUGAGGAACUACGUGUUUUUUUUUACUGACCAGGUCUUAUUGUGCAAAUAAAAAUGUAAACAAAGUA